UCGGGGCGGGCCGGCAACAUGGCGGAGGCGGAAGGGGAGAGUCUGGAGUCGUGGCUGAAUAAAGCCACCAACCCAUCUAACAGGCAAGAAGACUGGGAAUACAUCAUCGGAUUCUGUGACCAGAUCAACAAAGAACUUGAAGGGCCACAGAUAGCCGUGAGACUCCUGGCUCAUAAAAUCCAGUCACCACAGGAAUGGGAGGCAGUCCAAGCCUUGACAGUGCUGGAAGCUUGUAUGAAGAAUUGUGGGAGAAGAUUUCAUAAUGAAGUAGGGAAGUUUCGCUUUUUAAACGAGUUAAUAAAAGUUGUGUCUCCAAAGUACCUGGGAGACCGAGUCUCGGAGAAGGUGAAGACCAAAGUCAUUGAAUUGCUGUACAGCUGGACAGUGGCAUUGCCAGAAGAAUCCAAAAUCAAGGAUGCCUACUACAUGCUGAAGCGACAAGGGAUCGUUAUGUUUGAUCCUGUGAUUCCUGCAGACAGAACCCUGAUUCCGUCUCCGCCGCCUCGUCCCAAAAACCCUGUGUUUGACGAUGAGGAGAAAUCCAAGGGUCUUUAUUUGCGUCGUGAAUAUCCUCUUCUCGUCUUACAGCUUCUGGCCAAACUGCUGAAAAGCAAAAACCCAGAUGAUUUACAAGAGGCCAACAAGCUUAUAAAAUCCAUGGUAAAAGAGGAUGAGGCUCGGAUUCAAAAAGUGACAAAGCGCAUGCACACGCUAGAGGAAGUGAAUAACAACGUGAAGCUGCUGAAUGAGAUGUUGGUUCAUUACAGCAAGGAGGACUCGUCAGAGGCUGAUCGCGAGCUCAUGAAGGAGCUCUAUGAAAGGUGUGAAACCAAAAGACGGACAUUAUUCAAGCUGGCCAGUGAGACAGAGGAUAACGACAGCAGCUUGGGGGAUAUUCUGCAGGCCAGUGACAAUUUAUCCCGUGUGAUAAAUUCCUAUAAGAAAAUAAUAGAGGGGCAAGUGAUCAAUGGUGAGGUGGAUCUCCCUGUGAUGUCUGGAGUGGAAGGGAGUAACUCCACAAAUAAUCUCAACACCCUCAUCGACCUUGCUGGACUGGACGUCACCAGCACCCCGCCGCCUCCGCUGCCCCCCACCACGCUGGCGCCAGCCCCCGCCGCCGCCCUACCCCCAGCAGAAAUCCCCAUUCUCCCGCCUCCUCCCCAGACGUUCGCACAGUUGCGGAGCAGUUCCUCCAGCCACGUGGAAGCUGCACCCGCUCAGCAGAGCAGCGCGGCCAGCUCCCUCUCCUUGCUGGAUGAGGAGCUUCUGUGCUUAGGCCUGAACGACCCAGCCCCUGCAGCAGUGAAGGAGACAUCAGAAAACAACCAGUGGAGCAUGUUUGAGAAUGACCAGUUGGACCUGGAUUUCUUUAACCCGAAGAUGGUGACUGUUGCUUGCAACCCUGCAGGGAACCCUCUUCUCCAUCACACAUCACAGACCACGUGUGGGACGUCAGUGACGCUGCCCUCUGCUUUCACAGCCUCUCAGACUGCUCCCAGCGUCCCCGCACCGAGCCCGGCGCCGUUUGUAUUCUCUGCAGUACCGGCUGCCCCUGCAGGGCCUCCUAAGACUAUUCCAGCUGCUCCUGGGUACUUCAGCUCAUCUCUGGGGAGCAAUAUGUCACAUAAGAUGGAUGCACUGGGACAGCUCCUUGAAGAAGCCAAAGGGACUGCCACCCAAGGCAUGGCGACACCCUCGGUGUUCCCUGGGGUUACUUUGCCAAGCACUGUCACCUCUGCCCCGUUAAUAGCACCUGCAGGGCUGCCAGCCACUGCCCCCGGAGCCCCUCCAGUUCCUUUCCCAGGCAGCUGCACUGCUGGCUCAGGAAGUCCUCUCUUCCAGCCGGCAUCGUUCCAGCAGCAAGGCAGUCCCAUGAAAGCACCUGAAAUUUCUUUGGCCAAUGUCCAUGUUCCCUUGGAAUCCAUUAAACCCAGCAGCGCCCUCCCGGUGACAGCCUACGACAAGAACGGCUUCCGGAUCCUCCUGCACUUUGCCAGGGAGUGCCCGCCGGGAAGGUCGGACGUGCUCGUCGUCGUAGUCUCGAUGCUGAACACGGCGCCGCUCCCCGUGAAGAACAUCGUGCUGCAGGCUGCUGUGCCGAAGUCCAUGAAAGUGAAGUUGCAGCCGCCCUCUGGCACGGAGCUCUCUCCGUUCAGUCCCAUCCAGCCGCCUGCUGCCAUCACCCAAGUCAUGCUUCUGGCAAAUCCUGCGAAGGAGAAAGUGAGGCUGCGAUACAGGCUGACCUUCACGCUGGGAGACCAGCCCAGCACAGAGGUUGGCGAAGUGGAUCAGUUCCCCCCCGUAGAGCAGUGGGGGAAUCUAUGACCUCAGGCACUGCCAGAGACUGUGACAGGACCAGGGAAGGAUCCCGCAGGACUGGAAUGAACGUGAGGUGGGGAGGGACGCACGUGCUGUCCACUGGUGACGUUCGGCUUUGUUUACAUGUCCUGACCACUCCGCUUGUAGCUUUAGUCCAGAGUGUUUUGCCCCACGUCGAAGGGGUCCUGGAACAUUUCUGCCAAGCACGAACUGAGUGGCAGCCAGUAACGGGCAGCGCCAGCUGCUUUUAUCUUGACCUCUGGGUGAAUCUGGUCCUAUCUUCCACUGUAUUAAACUUGAAGUAGUUGUAUUUUGAGGGGAGACCUGUCAGGAGGGGAUGUAGUUGGCUUGUUCCUGCACUGCUGUCCGGAGAUACCUGCAGGCUGGUGGGGUGAUGAUGCCACCGUGAGCUUCCUCAGUGCAGAGCCCUUUCACAUGCCCGCCCUCGGACUUUUACCUCCUCAGUGCCGGACCUGCUAAGCAUGAUGAGCAAUAAUGCUGGCUCCCUGAGGGAAUGCUUAUUUUUUACACUGAAAUGGCACUUAGCUCCCUUCCUUCCCCUCCGCUGCUUCGUUCCCAACGGCCAACGCGAGCAGACCCUCGCUCUGUGGUGUGCGACGCUGCUGUAUCCUCAGUUAUAUUUAUUUUAUGCUGCUGGCUGCCUCCCUGUGGUAUCCCUUUUGGGCAGCUGGGGCCGAGUUCUGUACGCAAAUGGUUACACUGGUUAUUUUUCUGCCUUUGUUGCAUCCCAUAGUGUUGGGGUAAAGAGGAGAUGUGUGGUGAGGAGGUAAGCGGGGCUGGAAGGAGCGGUCAGUGUCGGUGGAGGACAGCGCCUGGAGUGCAGAAACCUCCUUGCAGUCGCUCACCAGGCGCAGUGACUGAAUCGGGGAUAAGGAGAGAAGCCCCUCGUGCAGGCAGUAUUAUUAUUGUAGUCGAAGACUGUGUCUUAUCGAGAUGAGUACAAUGAAAUACACGGUGUAAAUAAUAGAGCUAUAGGAUAUCGGAAUAGAAACAAGCAGACAGCGAAAGGAAAGAAGGCCCCGCUGGGCUGUGACGACGCAUGUGCUGGGUCUAACGCCCUGUGUUGUUUGUUCCCUGUACGAAGUGGCUAAAUGCAAUUGUCCCCACGGGAGGGAAAGCCGUUCUGCUGGACGCGGGUGUUCUGCGCUAGCAGGGGCCAAAGAGCUGACCCCUCUAGCUACGGUCCACCAGAAACUGGGUUUAAAUCACCAAAACUGGAUUCCAGCAAGUCCCUUCCUUCUCCUUCUCAAUUCCCAACCUCAAGCGGUGCCUCAGCUAGCUUUGAGACAGGCUGGUUUAAAUUAAACAGGGUUGUUGUUUUUUUAACAUCCAUUGACAAAAGCACGGGUCGGGCGGGUCUCUGGGCACGAAGCUCAGCAUUUCCAGCAGCGCUGUCAAGCGACGGCUCUCACCGACCUGAGUGGGAGCAGCCAGCUCGAGUGCUGAGGGAAUCGGGGGGGGGGGCCCCGCCUGUUGUAGGAAGAAAACUCCCGUGAGAAGGUGCUGCUGGAAUUAACGGCGGCCGUAAAGCCCAUUACUGCAAGUGCAGCUUGGAGUUAUUUAUAGUUGAAUUUUCUUUACGGUGUUGCAAAGUAAGAAUCACUAGAGGUGAAAAACUCUGCGGAUUCGAAGGCCUGAGGCCCUGACGGGAGGCUUGGAGCAGCCCUGCAGGAGGAAUCGAAGCUUGGCCAAGGAACUAGCGCUCAGCUCCUGGGGUGAGGGGCAGGGAGACCCGCCCGGUCAGCUCCCUGCGUGGAGGCAGGCGAGAGGGACGGGCGCGUCGUUUGGGUCCUUAGAGGAAGCGGUUCUGAACCGAUGGGCGAGGCUGGGGGACAAGGAGGGGAUUCUUCCUGCCCCGACACUUCAGGCACAGGGCGCGGGGGGUCCUGAGGAGGCGGGUUUCACUGCGUGAGAUGCCUAUGCCCGAAUCUCAACGGGCCUUUGAGGAGGGCAGGGGGGCGCAAGGGCUUUCUGCAGAACGGCUUUGGCCUCGGCGCUAAGGGCAGCGCGCUGCCCGCGCUGCACAGCCACAUGCACAGAUGCCCUGAGCCUUGCCGCGUGGAAACGCGUUGCUAAAAGCUUUGGAAAUUAAACUACGCCUGUUCCUUGUCUGUAAGGUGAGGUCCCCGCUUCGUAGCGAACAGCUGUCACUGUAUAUACAUCUCAAAUGCAUUUGUUCUGCUGCAUGUUAAAUAAAUUGUUUUCCCUAC